AUGCCUGUGCGUGCUGCCCGUUUGCCCUGCAAGGCCGAUCAUUUCAAGAUCAAGGCAGACGGUCAAGAUGCUUUCCUCGACGGUUACAUGACCGUCCGUGCUCCGUACGGCUUCACCUUCGAGGAGGAGUGUCUGCAGUUUGUCGAAGUCUCCGAAAGCGCUACUUUCGGCCCCAAAGUGCGCUUCCCGGAGGAGUUUGCGGUGUGGCCAAGCGACGUUGCAAUCAGUACUUGUCGGGGUGUGGAUCGCAUGGCCUCCCUGUGGCUGCAGUUUGCGACGGGGGCGCGGCUGAUUGCCAACCAGCUGUACAUCUUCCGCAUCGGGAUCAAAUCGAACCCAAUGGUGACGCCGGAGGUGAAUCGGUGGGUCGUGCAGCUCGGGAGUGAAGCAUCUGAGCCUAUCGAGGGCAUGAC